UUUUUUUCCACCAGGGGGCGUUGCCACAUUCUUUGGGUCGGAGUAGUAUGAGCGGGGAAAAUUAAUUAAUGUCAAUUUGGGAAGCUCGAACUUGAAUCUUUGCGUAGGUGUAGCAAGCUGGCUCGUGCAACAAACGAUCGGCUAACUGAAGCUAACACAGGAUUGCUAAACUGUAGUAACAGUACAUAGCCAUACCCCCACAACUAAAGAAGAGUUGACUAUGUUUCGGAAAAGAUACUCCAACUUAUCCGUCGUGACACGUGUCUUAAAUGAUGACCAUGAGGAGUUUUUGGUAAGAAGAGAGGUCAGAAGCACAGAUUUGAUGGCCCAAUGUGAUAACACGUCCCUGCUUCCCCAGCACGAUGAUAGAACCGCUCCAUUCCGCAACCGCAAAGGGAGAGGUGGCCACAAGGGUCGGCCGUUCGAUAGGUCUCGCAGAGACCGUCAGCGUGGAAGCCACACAGGGGUGUUUGGGGGUCCUGGACCUAGAUCUAGACUUGACAAUGCAGAUGGAGAUGUUACCAUGAGUGAUAGCUCUCAGGACAGCAGCUCUCAAAACAGAUUCAAUCCAUAUUCGAGAAACUUUCGGAAAGGAGACGGACGGUUUGACAGAGAUAGACGGCAAGGCAAAGGAGCAGGAGGUGGACGAGGAGGAGGCUUCAGAGGAGAUCGAGGUGGAUUAAGUGUGAAGGCUCGAUCGGGCUGGUACAAAGUUACAAUACCACAUGGGAGGAAGUAUGACAAAAAGUGGUUGGUGCAGGCCCUCCAGAACAUCUGCUCAGUUCCCUACAACCCUGUGCAGUACCAUGUUGAUCAUAGCAGGGUUCAAUUUUAUGUGGAUGAUCACGAUGCUGCAAAUGCUUUGCUGAAAUGUUCUCACAAGAUCACAGACUCAGAUGGCUACAAGGUUGAAGUGCAUGUUAACCCAUGCAGUCCUCCAUCUUUUCUGGUCUCUGACCUAAAACCCGAACACCUGGAGUACUUAAAACAAUGCAUGGCGAAGCGGUUUGAUGGUUCUCAACAAGCACUUGAUCUCAACAACAUACGAACAGAUCCAGACUUGGUGUCCCAAAAUAUUGAAGUCAUUUUGAACAGAAAGACGAGCAUGGAGGCGGUCAUCAAGAUCAUUGAAGAAAAUAUUCCUGAGCUGACUUGCUUGAAUCUGAGCAACAACCGCAUUCAAAAACUGGAUGAGCUGGCUGAACUGGUUUCCAAGGUGCCUAAUCUGAAGACCCUUAACCUUUCUCACAAUGAGCUUAAAACAGACCGGGAGCUGGAUAAAGUGAAAGGCCUGAAGCUGGUCGAGCUGUGGCUCAACAGAAACCCCCUGUGUGCUCUCUUUAAGGACCAGGCUGCAUACAUAAGUGCUGUGCGGCAGAGAUUUCCCCGGCUCCUCAAACUGGAUGGUCAGGACCUCCCACCACCCAUUGGGUUUGAUGUUGAAACACCCACUGCCAUUCCUCCCUGCAAGGGCAGCUGCUUUGGCUCAGAUGAAAUAAAGGUCCUCAUCCUGCACUUCUUGCAGCAGUACUACAGUAUAUAUGACUCGGGAAACAGACAACCUCUUCUGGACGCUUAUCAUGAUGGAGCAUCAUUAUCCAUAACAACGCCUUACACCACACAGAACCCCUCCAGGAGCAGUCUGGGGGAGUAUUACAAAGACAGUCGAAACCUGAAGAGGAUCAAAGACACAACGAUGCGCUUUCGACUGCUGAAGCACACGCGGCUAAACGUGGUGGCGUUCCUCAAUGAACUUCCAAAGACACAGCACGACAUUGCCUCCUUUACUAUUGACGUCAACACUUACACCAACACACUACUGUCAUUUACCGUUAGUGGAGUCUUCAAAGAAGUUGUUGUUGAUGGAAAGUCCAGAGAAUCCACAAUGGCGUUUUCCCGGGUCUUCAUCACAGUCCCUGCAGGGAAUUCUGGUUUGUGCAUCGUCAAUGACCAGCUUUUCAUACGGAUGGCAACAACGGAGGAGAUCCGCAGAGCGUUUGUGGCUCCUGCCCCAACUCCAUCGUCAAGUCCCGUCCCAACCCUCACUGCACCACAACAAGAAAUGCUCACAGCCUUUUCACAGGAGUCUGGCAUGAACCUGGAAUGGUCACAAAAAUGCCUGCAAGACAAUGAAUGGGAUUUCAACAGAGCAGCACAGAUCUUCACUCAGUUGAAGGCGGAAGGCAAGAUCCCAGAUGUCGCCUUCAUAAAAUAAAUAUUAAAUGAGAUUUGCUGAAUUUUAUUUUUUUAUAGUUCUUUUGUGGCUUCUUCUGUUCAAUUAAGAUAUGUAGGUUGAGUGAACUUGUUAAUCCUGUUUUACCAUCAAGCACACGUUAACAGUUUAGAAUGGUUUUGCUGCUUGGAUGUUGAUGUAUUCUGUCUUUAUGGCCAACAUAUAUAGACACGAGUGUACAUUUUCAAAUAAAGAUUAAGCCAAUA